AUGCCGAAAUCGGCGUCUGAUUACCUCGAAAUAUUGAGCCCGCUGUGUCACUCUCCUGCAUCUCACGCUCUUGGACAGGUUAUUGAAAUCGUUCAAAGGGGUCUUCUACGUGGAGGGGGUUGCGAAGCUGCCGAAGCAUGUGCCGAAGUGAUUGGAGCAGCCGCUACGCGCUGGCGUCGGUUUGAAGGCGCUUACCGUGAUGAUAUCAGCUGCAUUGUUCUACGGCUUCCAUGUUUCCAAGCCGCGACGGAUAUCAACAAGUCGGGAAGUAACGAGCGCUGACUGAUGGCGUUUUGUGCUAUUUUUUUUAUUGUCGGAAGGUGUAGCGGGUUGAUUCUGGUUGAACAACGGCAUCACUAAGCUGU